AUGAGCAGCGGCAGCGAGUUGCCUAUUGUGAGGCCCAUAACAUUGAGCUCGAUUUUAGUAAAGUUGCAGUUGAUAGUCAAAGUCCCGGUGGAUUUUUUAACCGAUACGAGCACGGGUUCUUGCGACUACAUUGCAAAGCGAACAAGAAGAAUUUUGAAACGAUUCGCCGCCUUUCACCUAAGGAGCUGGUACACCCACAUAUCCACGCACAGAUUAAGUCCAUCAAGUUUUUGGGCAGUCGUCAUGGAAGUGGUCGUCUGCCGCAAGAAGGAGGUGGGGCCAGCGGCCCACUUUCCGAGGCUGCGGGAGGUUGGCAUGGCUCCACCAAGUCGAAGGCGGGCCCUAUUUUAG